AUGCCUUUUGAAACGAAAGCCGUCGAGCGCCUCACAGCAAUCGUCGAUAAUGCCUGCGCCGACACAAAGUCUGACAUCCCAGGCGCCACGGUUGUCAUAAUCGGCAAAGACGGAAACGAGCUCUUUGCCCACGCGGCAGGAAAACGCGGCGUUGCUUCCAAUGACCCCAUGGCUCUCGAAUCAAUAUUCUGGAUCGCCUCUUGCACCAAGCUCCUCACCGGUAUCGCCUGUAUGCAGCUCGUUGAAGAGGGCAUUUUGAAGCUCGAUGAUGGCGACCACCUGGAGAAGUUGUGUCCAGAGCUUAAAGACCUCAAGGUGUUGCGGGCUGACGGCUCGCUUGAGGCUAAGAAGAGGAGUAUCACAUUGAGAAUGCUUCUUACGCACACGGCGGGUUUCGGAUAUACCUUCUUCAACGAGCGACUCAGAGACUGGGCAUUUCCGGCAGGAGUGGAUGAGUUCUCUGGCCGGUUUGAGGACAUGAAGACGCCUUUGCUCUUCCAACCUGGCGAGGGAUGGGAGUAUGGCGUCAAUAUCGACUGGGCGGGUGUAGCGCUGCAGCGGGCGACAGGCCUGACGUUGAACGAAUUUCUGCAGAAGAGGCUGUUUCAACCGCUCGGAAUCGUCGACAUGUCGAUGAUCCCCGGUGAAGACAUGCGUUCAAGGCUGGCGUACAUGCAUCAGAGGGAUGCUGAUGGCACGCUGAGGCCGAGAGACCAUCUCCAGCGAUUGCCAUUGGUGAUCGACCCCAACAACAACGACGAGGUCGCCAGCGUAUUCAACAGCGGUGGUGCCGGCAUGUUCGCGAGACCGCAGGAGUACUGCAAGGUCCUGGCUGUUCUCCUGAAUGAUGGCACUUGCGCACGGACUGGAACCCAGAUACUGCGCAAGGAUACGGUCGAUGAGAUGUUUCGUAACCAGAUCCCCGAGUUUCCCAACUACAGCCGCCAAGGGAUUCCGGCGGCAAAGCCUGACCUCACACUUCCCCUGGGCGAGUUGUAUCCGACGGCCGAUAACGCGCCUCAGGGUUGGGGCAUCACGUUUAUGAUGCCAAAUGCAGACGCAACUGGAAGGUCAAAGGGCACAGGACAUUGGGCUGGAUUGGCAAAUCUGUGGUGGUGGUGUGACCGGGAGAAGGGCAUCGCUGGCAUGGUGGCGACGCAGCUGCUGCCGUUUGCUGAUGGCAAGGUGCUGAAUCUGUGGGUGGCAGGCGAGGUUUCGUGGCAACGGACCAACCUCCAAACAAGUCUUCCCGCUGACCCAGCUGUGGCCUUUAUCGAUCUAGACGAGCCUCUCAACUUUCCCACCCAGCCGCCAGACAUGCUACUAGUGAACUUCGAGGCGAGCCUUUACGCAGGGAUGCCUGAGCCCGUCGACACUGCGACCACAGAAACCGAUCCUGCGGCAUCAGGGACGCUUGAAGUACUAUUCCGGGAGUCCUCGGCCGGCCACGUACCUUUCGUCUGGCCUCCACCGCUACCAGACAUUGAUUGUGACGCCCGCGUCAGCGUUUCCGAGUCGACAGAAUUCACCAAUCCCUUCGAAUACUCACCUCAAGACUUGACUUCAUCGCCCCUCUUUUCAGAAAUGUCUGAUCUUCCAGCAGAAAUACCAGGGGAGAGAGCACACAAGCGCCGGAGACGGAACCGCCGGCCUUCGAGCCCCUCCCUGUCCCCCUUUUGCGCCUCCAACGCCCUUGUCUCCAGAACCAACAGCGGCUUCAUUUCGACCAAUCUUCUCCAAAUUUACCACGACGUGCUCGAACACAGUCUCUCCUGCUGGCUCACCGAAGUGACAUGCCCUUACAAAGGCGCCCGCGGCAGGGACGAAGGACGCAGACUCGCCGAGUGGGGGCCUUCGUGGUCAAACCGCAUAUUUCACCGAACUGUUCAACUUGACCGCGCUGCGCAGACCGCGGGUCUGGUGAGAAUGACGGCAUUAGAAGGCCGGUCUGCGGACAGAGCGCUCCAUUUUGCCAUCAUGGCGUUUGCAACGCAGUGGGCGCAGGGAAGUCGGCGACAAGGCGAAACCUAUCCAGUCCCACGCUUUGCCUCACCGCAUGAGACCUUUGACGAACUUGUCGAGGAGAGCUUCGAUCGGGACCUGCAGCGAUACUUUUGGAACCAAUCCAAGAAGGCCCUGCAGGAGACGGAAUACAUCGAGUGUUACAGGGUCGCAGCUGCUGAGAUGGUCCUCAGUCUCGCGCAGAGGCCAUGGGCGCAGGAUGACGUCGAUGACUUUCUCGGCGAGCGUGAGCGUGCGCGAACUCUGGAUGGUGCCUUCGAGACAGGGUCAAUUAUGUCGAGAAUCGCGUGCGCCAUCUCGAGGGACGGCCCUCCCGUCCAUAUUGAGAGGGCUACUCGAAAGAUGCACAUUCUCAAGUCUCGCUUCAUUUCAGCUAGCCAAAAGGCAGCCAAGGCACAAGGGCGCACCGCGACCCAAGCCAUGCAUAUCAUGACACCCGAAAACGAGACGACAGUCGGAUUACUCUACUGGCUCGCUGUCAUGUUCGACACGCUCUCCUCGUCCAUGGACGAGCGUCCUGUGACGGUGACGGACCAAGACUGCCAGCACGACGACCUCCCGCCCAGCGAAGCAGAAAAUGACAGGUGGCAUGUCGAUCUCUUCAUCAAAGAUACGCUAGAGGCGCCCUCUCAGCGCCUACGCUGGCCGUGCUCCUACGAAGACGCCGCCGAGGCCGUGACACGCUCCGGUCCCGUCAAGGUCCUACUGUACCGUCACGUCUCUUACCUUCAGACCCUCCUCCGGCGCGGUCAAGCGGGCGCGCGCAUCGAGGAGACUCUCGCGGCCACGACUUCGCUCUAUCGAUACUGGAACGUUACGCACGGCGCCUUCUUCCGCGACCUGCUGCGCGACUUUGACGCCGUGCCUGGUCGCAUACGGAGCUGGUUCUUCUGCAUCUCCGCCCACUGGCACCUCGCUGUGCUCAUGUUUGCCGACCUCGUCGAGCAGAUUGACGACGAGGGCCUCGGUCUGCCGUCAGCGGGGCGCAGGCGCGCCGCUGCCAGGAUGGUGGCCGCCAUGCGGGAGACGAGCGUCAGGGAGCUGGCGGACCUGGCGGGCGUCGCGACACCCCGAGCGGCGGGCACGGAGCCGCACCUGCCGGGCUUCCACCACGCCGUCAACGAGGGGACCGUCCUCGCCGAGCCGUGGACCAUAAUCCUCAUUAGGGCCUUCUCGCGGGCGGCGGUGCUGAUCAUGGAGGAGGCGGACAACUAUCGACGGUACGGCCUGGUGCGGUCGUGGGGCGGGCCGCAUGAAGGCUGGAACAGCCUCGAGCGCGCUGACGACUGCAUCCGGACGCUUUUCUACCUGGGGAAGAAGUCGGACAUGGCGAGGCGCGUGGCUGAUAUCCUCUCCGACGCGCUGGCGUCUCUCCGUCUCGCCGACGACGGACCACCGCUCGGUGGCCAUGGGGGCGACGGCGCGGCCGGCCGAGGCGGCGGCAGCAGCACAUCGCUAGGAAGCGAGGGCAAAACGGCGGCGACUGGGGGUUCCUCAACCGAAAGCUGGACGGCGGCGACGGAGAGCGAUCUCGCGUCUUCGGGCGGUUGGGGUGAAGCGGGAACGUACUGGAAUGUAUCAUCAUUAGGGGGUGCCGGUUUGGCGAUUUGCGGUUGA